AUGAGUACUAUCGCAACAAACGACUCGUGGGACUCUCCCGUUGCUUCCAGUUCGAAGCCCUCAACAGUCCCCCGCCCUGCCGCCGCCAUCAAGGACGACUGGGAUGAUUCGGACGAGUCUGAACCCGAGGACAGCAGGAAGAUAUGGGAGGAUGCGAACACCAAGGCGCCGAUGCCACAACUCGUCGCGGCACCCGCAUCAACUUCCUCCGCACCGGUUCUCCCCUCGGGCGCUUUCGCAGCCCCCAUCCGCAUCCUGAAGCGCGCCCCUGCUGCCACGGAUGCCGCUACACCUGCUCCGGACUUGCAGCAGUCAACAUAUGCAGACAAGAAAGCCCAAUAUGAUGCCGCAAGACAACGGAUAUUCGCAGCGAAUGAGCAGACCAAGGGAGCCGCGAAGCAGCUAUCGGAAGGAAACGCGGUGGCUAGACAGCCACUGGGGCCUUCUUCGGGCGUUGAUGAUGCGAGGGCCUCGGAAGGUUCAAGGGGAUUCGCGAAACGAAGUCGAGGACGAGGGCGAGGUGCUACCGUGAAGCCAUGA